AUGGCAAGAAUUGGAGUCAGCUCAACUUCAGAUUGUCUCCUCUGUGGUCAAGCUCCUGAAGACCAUGAACACUUGUUUUUCAAGUGUCCUUACAGUAGCAGACGUGUCACUGAUUUGAAGAGUUGGUUGGGGAUCCAAAGCUCCCUUAAUACCUUACAGAGAGGGGUUAGACAACUGUCUAACUGCAACAGUUCCAAAUUUAGGAAAAGUGUUAUGUAUGCUAGCAUGGUUGCUUUGAUCUAUCUGAUUUGGAGGAGUAGAAAUAGUAGUUUCUGGGAUAAAGCUUUCCCUACUGUAUUGGAUGUAAUGACUCUCUUAAAGCAGAUUGUUAAGAGUAGAGUGAUGGCUUUAAUGCCAAAGAAUGUAAGUAGGAAGGAUAGUUUGUGGUUUCAGAAUCUAUGA